AUGUCAUCAUCUUCAAACAAUCCGAAUCCUUUAUUAGAAGUUAAUAUCUUCUCACGUUUUUUUCAUUGUUGGCUAUCUUCUUUAAUUACAAAAAGUCACAAACAAGGAACUCUUCAUCUUGAUGAUCUUUAUGAUCUUCCUGAUUUUCUUAAAUCAACAUCAUUGACUGAUAAGUUAGAAGAAAAUUGGUUGAAUGAAAUAAAACGAUGUCCACAAAAUCCAAAUCUAAUUCGAGUUACAUUACGUACUAUGGGAUGGAAAUUAAUACUUUUCGGUCUUUUAUUAAUUCCUCUUGAAUCAUUAAAUAUUGUUCAACCAUUAUUAGUUAUCUAUUUUAUGAAAUUUUUCGAACCAUGUUCAACAAUGUUAUCUUGGCAAGCUUGGUUAGCAGUUUUAACUAUUAUUAUAGUACUAUUAUGUAUAAAUCUUAUUUUUCAUCAAUACGUUUUUCGUACUGUUUUAUGUGGUGUACAAAUGAGAUUGGCUUAUAGUGGUUUAAUCUUUCGAAAAGUACUUCGUUUAUCAAGUCAUACAAUGAAUAAUUUGAGUUCUGGUGAAAUUACAAAUUUAUUAGCAAAUGAUGCUAAUAAAAUAGAACAAGUUCAUUACUUUUUAAACUAUUUAUGGGUCGCUCCACUACAAAUCAUUGUAGUUGUUUUCCUAUUAUGGCAUUUUGUUAAAUAUAUUACUUUUAUUGCUAUUGGAUAUACGUUAGUUCUCUUAUUAAUGCAACCAUUAUUUAGUCGUUUGUUUCUUCAUUUACGUUCCGAAGUUUUGAAAAUAACUGAUGAACGUAUUAAAAUUAUGUCGGAAAUUAUUAAAUCAAUGCGAAUUAUAAAAAUGUAUUGUUGGGAAUCAGCAUUCGAAAGAAAAAUUUAUCAUAUAAGAACGCGUGAAAUAAUUAAAACUAUUCUAUAUAUGAUGUGUACUUGUAUUGAAACAGUCUUAUCACAUAGUUAUAUUAGUAUAAUAUUUUUAAUGAUGUAUGGAAUAAUGUGGUUAUUUAAUAUGAAAUUUGAUACACGUAUAUUUACUCUUUCAUAUGUAUUAGUUAAUUAUAUACGUCAAUCUUGUAUUAAUUAUUUUAAUUUUGCUAUUCGUGAUCUUCUUAAUUAUAUUGCUGCUCAAAAACGAAUUCGAAAAUUUCUUUUAUUGAAUGAAUCUGAACGAGAUAAUCGAUUAUUAUCAACAUCUUGUAAUGAUAUUGUAGAAAUAAAUAAAAUUGAUGAAAAAAUAUCUCAAGUUAUAUGUAAUUUAAAACAAGCUCAAUGGGAAAAAAAUGGAAAAUUUUCAUUAAAAAAUAUUAUAUUCGAUGCUUAUCCAGGUGAUUUAAUCUGUAUUAUUGGACCUGUUGGAUCUGGAAAAAGUUCACUUUUACAAACACUAACAGGUGAAAUAACUUAUUUUGAUGGAAAAGUUCGAUUAUAUGGAUCAUUUUGUUAUGUACCACAAGAAUCAUGGAUAUUCUCAUCAUCAAUAAAAAAUAAUAUUCUUUUUGGUAAAAAAAAUAAUUAUAAGUUGUUUCAACGUGUUAUUCAUGCGACUGCUCUUGACGUAGAUUUUGUUCAAUUGUCUCAUGGUGAAAAUACUCUUGUUGGUGAUCAAGGUGUUAUGCUAUCUGGAGGUCAAAAAGCACGUGUCAAUAUGGCAAGAGCACUUUAUCAUGAUGCUGAUAUUUAUCUAUUAGAUGAUCCACUUUCAGCUGUUGAUGCUAAAGUUUCUAAACAUCUCUUUGAUAAAUCAAUUAAAAAUUAUCUUCGCAAUAAGAUUUGUAUUUUAGUUACUCAUCAAAUACAAUUUUUACAAGAUGCAACUAAAAUUAUUGUUUUAGAUAAUGGUGAAAUGGUACAAAUGGGAACAUAUGAAGAAUUACUUGUAUCUUCAACAUCAUUUGCUCAACUUCUUGAAGAUAUUAAUCAACAUGAACAACAACAACCAGUUUCUUUAUUAAAUCAACAAUCAAUGAUUGGUUCAAUAAAUUCAGAAAACGACAAUAUCGAUGAAGAAGAUAUUAAUUCAUUACCAAAAAAUCUUGAAACAAAACAAAAAGGAACAGUAAAAUGGAAUGUUUAUAUAUCAUAUCUUCGAGCUGGUAUUGGUGUUAUUUUGGGUUUUCUAUUAAUUAUAAUUAUAUUUGGAAUACAACAAACAAUAGCUAUUUAUAGUAAUUGGUGGUUAGCAGCAUGGAGUAAUGAUGAAAAUCAUCAUUAUCAGAAUUCAACUAAUUGCAUGAUUAUACAAAAUAAGAAAAAUGAUAGAAUAUAUCAAAUGAAUGCUAUUGAAUGGAAUACAUAUCGAAAUCACCGAUUUUAUAUAUUUUGUAUUCUCAUAUCUAUACUUUGUUUUUUCAUAUUUCUUCGUACUAUUAUCUGUCAACUUAUAUGUUUAAAUGCUGGACGAGUACUUCAUAAUAAAAUGUUUAAACGAAUAAUUCGAUGUCCUAUAUCAUUUUUUGAUACAAAUCCUGUUGGUCGAAUAUUGAAUCGUUUUACAAGUGAUAUCGCUACAAUGGAUGAUUCUUUACCAACAACUCUACUCGAUUUUCUUGUGUGUUUAUCUCAAGUUUUAGGUACAAUUAUUCUAGUUGUAUUAAUUAAUCCAUGGUCAUUUAUUCCAGCAAUAAUUGCUACAAUUGGCAUGUUCUUUUUAAGAUAUCGAUAUGCUCCAUGUUCUCGUGAUUUACAACGACUUUUAGGAAUUACACGAAGUUCUAUUUAUUCACAAUUAACAUCAACUAUUUAUGGACUUAAAGUUAUUCGAUCUUAUCAUGCUGAAAAUAUUUGUUCAAAAGAAUUUCAUUAUCAUCUUGAUAAUACUACACGAGUUAAAUAUUUAAUUGUAAUAUUAAGUAGAUGGUCAGCAAUGCGUUUUGAUUGGAUAACUCUAAUAUUUAUUGCCUUAGUUACUAUACUUGCUAUAAUUGUUCGUAUAAGUCAACAUCAAUUUUCAGUUGUAGAAAUUGCUCUUACACUCACCUAUAGUCUAAGUCUAAUGAGCCUUUUUCAAUGGACUAUAAGACAAUCAGUAGAAGUUGAAACUCAAAUGACAUCAGUCGAACGAAUACUUGAAUAUUGUUCACUUGAUCAAGAAUCAUCUAAUCAAUUAUCAUUCAAAUAUCGACCACCAAUAAAUUGGCCAUCACAAGGUCGUAUUAUUUUUGAAAAUGUUUCCAUGUCACAUUCAAAAGAAUUACAUUCACCAUUGGCUCUUCAUAAUAUUUCAUUAAUAAUUGAACCUGGUGAAAAAAUUGGUAUUGUUGGAAGAACAGGUGCUGGUAAAAGUUCAUUUAUUCAAACACUUUUUCGAAUGGGUACACUUGUUAAUGGUCAUAUUAUUAUUGAUAAUAUUGAUAUAACAACUAUUGGAUUAGAUGAUAUUCGACGUCAUAUUUCAAUUAUUCCACAAGAUCCUAUUCUUUUUACUGGUACAAUGAGAAAUAAUCUUGAUCCAUUUGGUCUUUAUUCAGAUGUAGAAAUAUGGAAUGCACUUGAACAAGUACAAUUAAAGAAAUUAGUAAUAGAUAUGAUGUCCAAUGGUCUUCAUUCAUUAGUAAGUGAAAAUGGAUCUAAUUUAAGUAUUGGUCAAAAACAACUGGUAUGUUUAGCACGAGCUAUAUUAAAAAAGAAUAAAAUUCUUGUAAUUGAUGAAGCAACUGCUAAUGUAGAUAAUGUAACAGAUGAAUUAAUUCAAAAAGCCAUACGUGAUAAAUUCAAAGAAUGUACAGUAUUAACAAUUGCACAUCGUUUACGUACAGUUAUUGAUAGUGAUCGUAUCAUGGUACUUAGUAAUGGAAAAUUAGUCGAAUUUGAUUCACCUCAAGUAUUACUUUCAAAUAAUUACUCUCAGUUUACUUUACUAGUAGAACAGACAGGAGAAACUGAAGCUGAAUAUCUUCGAACAUUAGCAAAUUCAUAUACAAGACGAAAACUAGCAAUAUAUAACUUAGAUGAUGAACCAACAUUAGAAACUAAUGAAAUGGAUCCUCUUGUUCCUUCAUCGUUGUAA